AUGGAUACAUCAAUGCCUCUCAUCUGUCCUCCUUCCAGUGCUGCUGUGGAGAAGUCGACACCUGGGCUAGCAGAAACCAUCUCAGAGGGCACAGUUAUUGCCAAAGAUGAACUGAAGAAUAACAAUCUACCUACUCUAUCAGUCAAAGCAAAAUCUCACAAGAGGGUUGUGUGGUCUAGUGACACUAUUGACAAUGAGCACUUGGGCCGUCGCUCAUUUAAAUGUUGCAUUUGUAAGAAACCUAGAGCCUUUGGUGAAAGUUCAUCAGAAAGUGAUAAGGAAGAUGAAAAUACUGAUGAUCCUCUACUUUGUGGUAGUAAGCAGGGGAGGCGUCAUGUCCGUUUCAAUAGUGCUUCUACUGCCUCAUCUCAAAAACUUGAUGACCCCUCUCAAUCUCUUCCGUCCCCCAUUAAGGACUAA